UAGCUCAGUUUAAUUUUUUAAUUCUGUUCGUGAACGCGAUAAUUUUCCAAUUGGAAGUAACUAUUUUUGUAUAUAUUGCGAUCGAUUGUUUCGCAAUAUAGAAGAGUAAUUUUUUUGACAAAUAGAACAAAUAGAAAAGGAAGCUAAGAGUUUGGAAGGCAAGAAAAACGAAUGUGUAAGAGUGCUAAUGCAGCAAAAGGAAAAUUUAUAAGGCAAAAAAGCUAUAAAUUCAACUGUCGUAUUUAAAGAAUGAAUGAAUGAAUUGUAAAAGAACAAGAGAAACAAAAGAAUUUCCGUACAAAUAAUAUAAAAAAUAGUGUGGAAACAACAAAAUAUCGUCGCACAACUUGUAAACAAUACUGACAUUUAAAAAAUAAAACAAAAAACAAAAAACAAGCAGCAUCAAGAGAAAGCAAAAAAUUAAGGAAGAAACAGAAAAACGAACUAAUCCUUUUUAAACAUUUACAAAGCCGCAAUAAAAAAAAAACAAAAAGUAUUCCUCUCUAGAAUUGUUUAACAACGCCAACGACACAGCAACUGUCAUCAUCGAUAUUUCCACCAUCAACAACAACAACAUCUUCUUCACCAUAAACACCAACAAAGUCUUCGGCAAUCUCUUGAGCAACAGCCAACACCAUGGAUAGCUUUGAGGAUGAGGUUGUUGCCCCAACAACCACAACAUCUGAAUCGCCCUUAAAAGAUUGGCGUGUUAAAUAUCAGGCCGGUACAUUGGAAAAAAAAGAUUUCAUUGAAUUCUUUCAACGAGAAUCGAGAAAAUAUUUCGAAUUUCAACAGGAAAAUACUGCGGAUUCAACCCCAAGCUGGCGUGAUGUUCUGUACCAAAUAAGAAAUCGAAAUAAUAACAAUAACAAUACAAAUGGCCGUACAGGUUCCUUAAAAUGCAUGUUCAAAGAGGCUGGCGCCAAGGAGGGCAUCAUCGAUGUCCUUAUGGCAUUUAUUUUAGGCGAUAAUCCCAACAGCGUUUUGGAGAAACUCCGUCUGGAGGGAGCCACCUCAGCCGUGUGCGGUAAAGUUUUCAAAAUUGGCGAACCCACCUACAGUUGUCGUGAAUGUGGCAUGGACCAGACGUGUGUCCUCUGUGUGAAUUGUUUUAAACAAUCCGCACAUCGUUAUCACAAAUAUAAAAUGUCCACCUCGGGCGGUGGUGGCUGUUGCGAUUGUGGCGAUGAGGAAGCCUGGAAAAAGGAUCACUACUGUGAAGAACACUUGCGGGGCAAGGAAAACAGUUCGAGCAGUACCAUCAUAACCGAUGCCAUUAAAGAACGCUGUGAAAUCGCUUUUGUGGCCAUUCUAACAUUUUGUGUCAACUAUCUGGAAAUAGAGUCGAAAGCUAGUCUUGAAUGCCUCGAUGGCGAUGGCACCGGCAAAGAUUAUUUCUGCACAGUCCUGUACAAUGAUGAGUCGCAUACGUUUGAUCAGGUGAUACAGACACUGACGAAAAUCGCCAAAGUACAACAUAAGGAGGCGACCGAUAUUGUGGGCAAUAUAGAUCGUGAGGGUCGUGCCGUGGUCAAGUGUGAUACAUUUUCGGAAUGUAUAGCCCUGAAGGAGGCGUUUGAAAAGCAAUCGGUACCCUCAAAUAAUCCCAUGGCAAAUUCGAGAGCCAAUCAAUCGCUACGUGUCUCUGUCUUGCAUAUACGUGCAGUGGCCUGCCAGCAAUUUGCCCUCCAAUUGCUGACAUGGUUCCAGGAGUUUUUGGUGCGUCACAGUACGUUCCGUCAGAUAUUUGCACGUAUUGUUACCGACAAGAAGGCGCCGUAUUGUAUACGUCACAUUUUGGAAUAUGAUGUGGCUCUGUGGAAGACGGCCCGCACCUGCUGGCAUCGUUUACUUAUAUCGGGCAUGCUCAUGGAAUACGACAACAAAAUGGCCUUGGCCCAAGAGUUCUCCAAGAACUAUGCCACCAUUGUACAGGAUUUCAUUAGUGAUGAUCACGACCAUUCGUUCUCCAUUGUGUCACUCAGUGUCCAGCUGUUCACCGUGCCAAGUAUAGCCCAUUAUUUGAUUGCCCGCGAGGGUAUCUUCUACAAGCUGCUGCACACUUUCUAUCACAAAUCCAUUGAGGGUUAUAUGCAAAAUAAGACUUUACAAUUUUCGAAAAAUGUCUCCACCCUGGGGCACUUUAAGCGGGCCGCCUAUAUACUCUACGAUUUACGUUAUAUACUGUGCUUCAAGCCGGACUAUUGGACCGAUGAGUUGCGUGAAGGUUUCCUUGAGGGUUGUAAGGCGAUGUUGCGUGUAUUGAAUGCCAUGCAGGGCAUGGAAUCGGUGACCCGACAAACCGGCCAACAUAUGGAUUAUGAGCCGGAAUGGGAGUGCGCCUUUAAUCUGCACAUAAAAUUGGCCAAUACCAUAUCCCUGGUUUUGGAGUGGUGUGCCACAGACAAGGAGGUGUUGACCAAACUUUGCGUUAUGGUAAUGCGUUAUUUGUUGCAGAACAUGUUUAUCAUUGGCCAGACCAAGAAAGAAGUGCAAAAGGUGGCUGGCCACUCGGCGGAGUGUUUGAUGUAUGAUGUGGCCUCGAAACCGGUGUCGAUACACUUGCCAUUGUCGCGUUUCUUUGCCGGUAUUUAUUUGCACUUGGGUACAUAUGGUUUGAACUUUGAUAUGAUAACGAGGUUGAAACGGACCCCCGAAGAGAUAAUGGAACCCAUAUUGUGUACACAAGUCAUGAUGGCCCAGGUUCAUUCCGGCAUGUGGCGUCGCAAUGGCUAUUCCCUGCUGCAUCAACUCUAUUUCUAUCGCAACGUACGAUGCCGCACCGAAAUGUUGGAUCGUGAUAUUGUUGGCAUGCAAAUUGGUGCUUCCCUCAUUGAGAGCAAUCAAUAUCUAAUACAUUUGCUCAAUAAAUUCAAUCUGAUCGAUUGGAUUCAGGAUGAAUAUGAUGAUUAUACUGUUGAACCGGCCACCGAUGAUGAUUUCAUACGGCAGCUAUCAAUGAUUGAUGAAUUUCUCGAAUUGUUGAUUGUCAUCAUAGGGGAACGUUAUAUGCCCGGUGUGGCCAAUGUCACGGAAGAAGAUCGCACCAAAAAAGAAAUCAUACAAUUACUUUGUAUUAAAUCAUAUUCUCAUUCAGAAUUGAAUCGGGCAUUGCCUGACUCGAAUAAUGAUACUGCCCUGGAGGAUGUUAUCGAUACGGUGGCUGUCUUCAAGAAGCCACAAAAAACCGAUGCCAAGGGUGUCUAUGAAUUGAAGGAAGAGCUGUACGAUGAUUAUAAUAUGUACUUCUAUCACUAUACCAAGGAGGAUAAAUCGAAAUCGGAAGAGACACAGCGUUUGCGUCGCAAGACCAAAGGAGAAUUGGUGUGUUGUCCACCGCCAAAAUUGCCGAAACUUACCGAGGCCUUUGUGACAAUUGCCAAUUUGCUGCAAUGUGAUGUCAUGAUGCAUCUGAUGAAAACAAUUUUGGAUAGGGCUCUCGAUUUGAAGAGAAAAUCGUUCCAAGAAAACCAUUUGCAAAAGAUACUUUUCCUCAUCGGCUAUGGUCUGCAAGAGGAGGAAUCCGAAAAUUAUCCCUUCUUGCAGUUCUAUCAAUGGGCUCAGAAAUACAAACUUUUACCCAAGUUAGAGGAAUUAUCACGCAGCAGCCGAGUUGAAGCUCAUCGUGAUUUCAUUUUAUGGACCAUUAAGAAAUUCAAAGACCUACAAGCCAAACAACCAGUCACCGAAGGUUUGGAACGUAUGCAAAGUGAUGAUCUUGAAACAAAUGCAUCGUCGGCUGAUGAUAAUGCCGCCAGUGGUGCUGGUGGUAGCGGUGGCGGUGAUGAUGCUACCUUGCUUACCUCGGCCGAACAGGAGAAACGUGAAAAAGAAGAACGUGCCCGCUUGGCUGCCGAAAGACGUGCCAAGAUUUUGGCACAAAUGCAAUCGGCACAAAAUAAAUUUAUGACUUCGAAUGCGGAAAUGUUUGCCAGUGCCAAUGAUGUGGCCAGUGACACAAAUGCUAGCUCAGCCAUGGAAUGGCAAGAUGAUAACUGUCUUGAGGGUGCUGUGGCGUAUAAUUCCACAGCCUGUUUGGGUGUGGAAAGGCGCCUGCAGCAACCCGAAGAAGAGAAAUACAAUUGCAUUCUCUGUUUCGAAGAGGCCACUGUUAGUAAAGAAGGUCCCACACUGGUCUAUCCGGCCUUUGUACAAAAGUCCAAGGUUCUUAAGCCGGAAUCGAAUUAUCCCUUUUCGAUACACACCAGCAGUUGUGGCCAUGUAAUGCAUGUCAAUUGCUGGCAGGAAUACUACAACAAUGAGGAGUCCAAGGAAAUACGUCGACCCAGACGCCAUCCCUUGCAAGUCUUCCCCUCAACGCCCAGCACAGAAUUCCAAUGUCCCUACUGUCGUUGUCUCAGCAAUACUGUGCUGCCCCUAACUCCACCCCUAUCCAAAUACUCAAUACCAAAUGUAUUUCAUGCCGGCGAUGAAAUGUUCCCCAUCGAUUUGUGGAUUGAGGGAAUUCGUGUUUUCGGCGAGAAACUUAACAAUCUCAUAUUGGCCGAAGAUCCCGAUCUGUGGAGUUUCCAUUUACCCGAAUGGCUACCCACGCUCAAGGAAGCUCACAUACCCAUCGACCCCAAACAAUUUGAAAAAAUGGCCCAACCAACACCACGCAGCGAGCUACCCACCAGUUGGAUUAAUUUCGUACAACACUACAUCAAAUCGUUGAAACGUAACGAAGACGAAGGCAUCCUCAAUAUGUGGCAUUCGUGCGUGUACACCGUACAAUCGUUGGAAGUGUAUCUGCGCUCCGUUGGCAAACCUUUGAAGGACGAAAUGUCCAUACGCCAUCAGAGUUGUUUGAGUGGCCUAAUACGGGCUUGUUGUCUGUACAGUGGUAAUCUGACGCAAUCCGAUAUUAAGUACUUGAUCAAAUCUGUGGCGAAGCUGUUGAAUGUUGUGUUCAAGCAUUACGGCGAUUCAGUGCUGGAAUGGAAUUGUUUCAGCAAAAUGGUGUCGACAAUUAUGAUGGUUCCAAAUCUAUUGUUUGCCCGAGAUCGUGAUGUAUCGGUUGUGCCCAAUGGCAGCUUAAUGGAUUUCUAUACGCUACAGGUCUUCUUGCUGGCCAAUGUUGUUAAAUCGUUGGUAUUAUUUGAACAACCUGCCGAGGGUCUUAUGGACAUCGAAGAAGAAGAUUAUGUGGCCAUCAGUGAUAAACAAUUGGAAAAUAUUUCCACAUUCUUUAACAAAUAUAAUAUACAGGCCAGACAAAAGGCGGCGGUGGCGGCAACAGCAGCUGCAGCGGCACAACGACAAAAGAAGACAAACAAUGGUAAUGAUAAUGGGGAGAGUAAACAACAGCAGCAGCCACAGAAACAACAGUCAUUGGGCGAUAAUAAUGCUACGGCCUCUGCUGCUGGUGUUGCUGACAACAACGAUGAGGAAGAUAUGAUGACAGAUAGCACUCAACAAAACCAGCUGCAACAACAACAACAAGGGGAACUACAACAGGAAGAGGAAAUCACGGAACAAAAGUUGGCCUUGUUAAGUCCCCAAUUGGUAACAGCUCUGUUGGAUCACAUAAAAAUGGAAAUGCGUGAAUUCUUGAGAUGUUCCUGUUUAUUUUUCCACUUUGUUACCGAUGUUGAAUUUCCCGAUUAUUUGUCGACCAGCGAAAGUGAUACCUUUGAGAAUAUGUGUAAAUAUUUGGGUUUGAAUAGCCAAUUGGAAUCGUACUUUGACAUGGCCACACCUUAUGCCACAAUAAUGGAAAUGUUUGCCUCGCAUCAUGAUAUUACCAAUUUAGAAGUGGUCACCACGAAAAUAAAGAAAACCGGUGAUCCAUUGGUCAUUGUGCCGUGUAUACGCCCAGUACCACCCUUGGUUAGUUUACCCGAGGAUUAUAGUGAUCUAAUAAACAGUGUAUCGGACUUUAGCUGUCCCAACAAUGAGCGGGAGGAGAUGAAAACACCCACCAUGUGUCUGGUGUGCGGUGAGAUAUUGUGUGCCCAAUCGUAUUGUUGCCAACCGGAGCUGUAUAGCCGUAAUGUGGGUGCCUGCACCUAUCAUGCUUACUUCUGUGGCGCUGAAAUUGCACCAUUCCUGCGUAUACGUGAUUGCCAAAUUGUCUAUUUGGGCAAGAACAAGGGUUGUUUCGUCCAGCCACCGUAUUUGGAUGAGUAUGGUGAAACGGAUCAGGGUCUGAGACGUGGUAAUCCGUUGCGUUUGUGUCCAGCGCGUUAUAGUAAAAUACAUUUGAGCUGGUUGGGUCAUGGUUUGCAUGAAGAAAUUGCCCGUCUCAAUGAUCACUCGUCGGCCAUAACCACACAAUGGCAUCAUAUGUAGUUUAAGAGAGCGAGAGUGAGAGAGAGAAGAAUGAUGCUGGCGACAAGGCAAGGAUGAAAAAAAAGAAGAAUGGAAAUGUUUCUUAAUUUAAAGGAAAUAUUAAUUAAUAAAUAAAUAUAGAACGUAAAAAACAACAACAAAAAAACACAACAGCAGUUAAUGUGAUUUAAAUUAAAAAUAAAUAAACAAACAAACAAAAAGCUAGAAAACAACAGAAAACCACAUUUGAUGAAACGAAACAAAGAAAUGCAAGCAAACACAAAAAAAAACUUAAGAAUAUUAUUAAAACAAUUUAUGUUAUUUUAAAUAAUACUAAUUAUAAUAAUAAUACUUAUGAGAUUGAGAAUAUGGAACUUUUGAAACAUACAAAAAGAAAAAUCCAAACAAAAAUAUCCCUCCUCUUUAUCUAAAACAAAACAAAAUAAAA